AGUGAGGUCAAACCUCUCAAACCCAACACAAAACCACGCAACAGAAGAACCUAAGCACGCACUCGCACUCGCACUCGUCAAUGGCGAGGCUUAAGACGGCCAUUGAUUCGGCGUUCUGGGACCUCAACCUGGCCUCGCCGCAGUGCCACGACGGCUGGGUCAAGUCCGUCCCCGGAGACCCUUUUCCGGUGGAAGCCUCCGUCGCCAGCAAAGUGCUCCGCCCCCAGCAAUUCUCCUUCCUCCAAAACGAGCUCCCUUUUCCCAUUGUCGCUCCAUUCCUCUCUCCCACUUCCCCCAAGGAUUUGGGCUCCUUCGGUCUCCAGGCCCUUCUCCUCAAACUCUCCUCUUCUCGCUGGUGGCUUACAAUGACCGGACAGUUUCGUCCCAGGAAGCUGAUUGUUGGUGUUAAAAAUGAGAUUUCUAAGGCUGAAGAUUUUGAUCUCUCGACGGUCAAGGAUGUUGCGAAGCAUUUCGUUGACAAGGCACUUUUUUCACUUGGGUUAACAUUUCAGUAUGCUUUUUCUCCUUCAACAUCCGUAUUGUUUGGUAUAGAGGGCCAUGGUGAGAAAGCAAAAUUGCGCCGCAAAGUGAUGGUUUAUCAUAAGCUUCCUGAUCAUGAUCUUACAUUAGAAGCAGCAUGGCCUCAAUUGUUUCUUGACCACAAAGGAAAAUAUUGGGAUGUCCCUGAGUCUUUAUCUGUUGAUUUGUCAUCCCUUUUGUCUGAAUCUGGAAUCCGUUGGCGCGUUGGGUUACAUAAAAAUGGUGGUAAUCCCCAGCAAGUGAAUGCAACAGAUGGUAAGCCGCCAUUGUCUCUGCUACCAGGGUUAUCUCUGAAGAGUGCCGUGAGUUAUGAGAAGAUUUAUUACUUCUGGAGAGAUAAAGGCACCGUGGAACAAGGGAAUGAAGAUGUGGUUCCAUAUGAUGUGCGUCUUAACGAACCUCACUCAGCUGUGUUUGGAGUGACUGGUGGCACCUUCACUUUCAAUGGAAGUAGCUUUUCUGGCAGUACUUCAACAGAAGAUUUAGGGGUGUCAACAAGCAAGGGAUUUCAAUUUUUUGGUGAUGUGUUUGGCUCAGUUGGUUACUCCUUUCAGCGUGGAAAGUUCACAAAAAAGUAUGGGGACUUAACCAGAGUAGAUGCUCGUCUGGAUAUUUCUUCAGCUUCAGCAUCUGCAAAGAAGAUUCUGAAUGGUUCCAGGGCUGAUGUUGGUGAACAACUACCAGCUUCGCCCAGGCUAAAUUUAAUCUUUCAGCAACAGGUUGCAGGGCCAGUUGUUUUCCGAGCAGAUAGCCGAAUUGCAGUGGAAAAUGGUUUGGCGGUAGAGGAUUUGAUUUGCAGCCUGAGUUACUCCUUGAAGUCAUUUGAGUCUGGAAAGGUUCUUGCUUGGUAUUCUCCAAAAAGGAAAGAGGGAAUGGUUGAGUUGCGAAUGUAUGAGUUUUAGAAGACUGAAGCUAUACUAUCUUUAUCAUAAAGAAUAUUUUAUGGAUCCAUACUUUUAUUUUUAUCAAUUUAAUAUCAAUAACUUACUUUGAAACUAA